UACGUUUACGCUGGUCGCAAUCUGUCUCGCGGACAUAAAGCAAAGGUACGAGGAAAAAAAUAGAUCGACCGACCGAUGAACACCGGAACAUCGAACAGGGGCCGGCUUACCAUCGGUGAAUCCUGAUUGCUAACCUCACGCACCCCUAUUUUGUUCUUUUUCUUCUACAAGUUGCGACGUUUCUUCUUCUUCUCCAAUCUCGAUUUCUCGGACUCUGAAUCAGUGAAUCUCUCAUAUCUGAUUAACGAUUACUAUUCUAGGCUCCUCCAUUCUCGACUUCUCCUGUUCCCCAAUCUCCAUAACAGCAUUCUGAAUUUCUGAUAACUCAUUCUCGGCGACAGCUAGCCCUUAGCCCCUCACGCACGCUAAUUUCCCAAUUCAGUUGUCACGAUCAUCUGGUCUCUGAAGGACAGAAGGAAAGAUCGAUUAUUGUCAUCUACUCAUCUGAUUAGUGAUUAUCUACCAGACUAUCACUGAAGUUGAUCAGAAGACAUGAAUUUCCGAUGUGUUCAGUGUGGACAUCAUAUUAAAACUCUAUACGUGCAAUAUUCACCAGGAAAUAUUCGCCUCAUGAAAUGUCAAAACUGUAAAGCAGUUGCAGACGAGUACAUUGAAUGUGAGAUCAUGAUUCUUCUAAUUGAUUUGAUUCUACACAAGGCUAAAGCAUAUAGACAUCUGUUCUACAACAUGUUUGAUCAUGAAGCUAUCAACUUUGAGGGGCUGAUGUGGAAGUUGAGUUUUGGGUUUCUUCUCUUGGAUGUUUACAGAAUCUCCAUUUUAAGUACAAAUGAAGAGGGAUCGGGUUCAGAUCCUUCAUUGGUCUGGGAAUGUGGAAAGAUCUUGCUAGAUGUCCUUGUUGGAAAUCUUUUGUUUAUCAGUAUAUUACUCUUUGGAACAAGAUUUUUAUUAACUAUGUCCACUGAAGUCUCUGGAUACAAAAACACAUGGGUUGCAAUCCUUGCCUCAAGCUACUUAAAGUUCUUCCUUAUAGCAAUGAUGGUGUGGGAGUUUCCUUCUUUAGUGAUCAUCAUAAUUGAUAUAUUUGUCAUGUCUUCCAACACGUUGGCUUUAAAAGUGAUGAGUGAAUCGACAAAGGCUAAAUGCUUUGGUGUUUGCUUCUGUGCACAUUUUGUCAAGUUUUUGGUGAGUUUAGCACUCAACAUUCACCUUCCUGACCUAAUCACAAGACUCAUCUCACUCUAAAACUGUAACAUGCUUUCCAUAAGUGAUUCUGAUAUUUAUUUUGUUUACUAAGGGGUGUUUUAGACAAUUGGUAUUUUAUGAGGACAUGACUUUGUAGAGAAAAAUUAAUCUAAUCUUGGAAGUAGUUUUUGCCUAUUGGGAGUUUA